AUGAAACAAAUCCGAAAAGUGGUAUGUGCAAUUUCUGGUGGUGUUGACAGUGCGGUUUCUGCAUAUUUGUUGAAAAAGCGAGGAUUUGAUGUAAUUGGUGUGCAUAUGGUAAAUUGGGAUCGCGCUGAAGAGGAUUCAAACAACUGCCCACAAUCUGUGGACGAAAAAGAUGCGGAAAAAGUGUGCAAUCAUUUACAAAUACCUUUUUAUGUGACCAAUUUUGUAGACAAAUAUUGGAACGAAAUUUUUAUGUAUUUGCUAGAUAAUUACCGAAAAGGAAGGACAGUCGUAUCUGAUGUGCUUUGCAAUAAAACGAUAAAGUUCGAUCGGUUUCAUAAAUAUGCAUUUGAUGAACUUCAAGCUGAUGCUGUUGCAACGGGCCAUUUUGCAAGGACAAGUUUUGGUGAUUUUCUGGAGAAUCGUUUAGAAACCGGAUUGAUUCGAUUGCUUGCUGCUGUGGAUCCGAUCAAAGACCAAACAUUUUUCCUGUCAACUUUAACUCAAUCGCAGUUGAGAAGAUCAAUGUUUCCAGUAGGUUCAUUGACAAAACAACAAGUACGCCAAAUUGCGAUUGAUGCUGGGAUGGAUGAAAUUGCUGAAAAGCGGGAGAGCAUGGGACUUUGCUUCAUUGGAAAAAGAAAACGUUUCGAUGCUUUUAUUAGUCAGUACAUUGAACCUGUAAUUGGACCAGCGAAGGACAUCGAUACCGGUAAAGUUAUUUUUGAGCACAAAGGUAUACAUCACUAUACAAUUGGUAAACGCAUUACAAUGGUACCUGACCAUUGUCAGAGUGCUGUUGGUUUGUUUGCUGCUGGUCUUGAUGAUAAAACUCAAACUCUCUGGGUGUGUCAAGGAUCUCAUCAUCCAGCUUUGUUUGCUCGUGAAUUUGUUGUUGAAGAACCCGUUUGGAUAUCUGAAUGUCCUUUUGGUGACGCAGGCGUUAUAAAAAUGGAAUUUCGUUGCCAAAGGACACAUCCGGCACUUCUUUGUGAACUUACUCGACUGGAAAAAGGACUUUUAAAAGUUAAACCAUAUAAUCCAAUUCGAGCAGCUGCCCCUGGCCAGAUUUGUGUUUUUUAUAACGAUAGCGAAUGUCUUGGUGGCGGCGAAAUACAAUAUGUUGUAACAACACUAGCUGGUGUAAAAAACUAG